CGCGCACGCGCGAAACGCCGCUGCUGUCUGCUGGAGCGCUACGCGUUUUGCUGCACCUCUGAGACGGAGCAUUUUCAGUAGCCGUUUACCGGGCCGUUUUUGUCCAUUACCGACACCACGCACACGCGGAAGAACUGAACUUCUUGAGCACCGACGCCCGUUCUGAUGGAUUUAUUCUGAGAUUAAACACCGUUGGAUGGGAUGCAGUAUCUUUAGGAGUUUAUGACACACUGGCAAAUUCAUGAGUACCAACUAUGGAACAGUGACUGGAGCGUGAUGAUACAAAUAAAAAUGCAGAUCAGCCAUGCCUUCAUUGCUGAUCUCCAGCAAGGGUACUUCUGGGACUCUCCCUCUUCUCUUGGAUAGUUUGAAUUUCAACAUACAUAAUACCGCACACAAGACCAUAUUGUUUAUGGACGAUAUCAUUCUAUCACAAGAAAGAUGAAAUUUCCUUUUAUUAGGAGGCCCAAUUAAAACAAAGACACAUAAGUUACAAACUCCGAAAAGGGGUUAAACUGAAAGUGAGUACAGUACAGAUGAGGUUGCAUUAUGGCAGCUGAAUCUCCUCAACAGCUGCAUUCACAUAUUUGGUUUGGAGGAGAGUGAUAGGUGAACGAUGCAGCGAAGCGGAGGCAUCGUCGGGAACAGCGGUCAGCCAUGGGUACUGCGGCGAGUCCGGCUCACGUGGCUCAGUUUCAUGCUUUUCUUCAUCCUGGUCUUCUUUCCUCUCAUUGCACAUUACUACCUCACCACAAUCGAUGAAGCAGGGGGACCAGAUAAGCGCAUUUUUGGGCCAAGACCUGGAGGAGAGCUGUGUGAAGCGAAGCACGUUCAAGACCUGUGUCGUAUUCGGGAGUCCGUCAGCGAGGAGCUUCUGCAGCUUGAGGCAAAGCGUCAAGAGCUCAAUGGCGAGAUAGCCCGACUCAACCUACGCAUUGAGGCAUGUAAACGUAGUAUUGACAGUGCCAAACAGGACUUGCUACAGCUCAAAAAUGUUAUUAGCCAGACAGAGCACUCUUACAAGGAACUUAUGGCUCAAAACCAGCCCAAACUGUCAUUGCCGGUUAGACUUUUACCAGACAAGGAUGAUCCUGGAUUCCCUCCUCCGAAGUCAUCCAAAAACUGUCGUUUGCAUACUUGUUUUGAUUACGCUAGAUGUCCACUUACAUCUGGCUUCCCUGUCUAUGUUUAUGACACAGGAUCAUAUCCUUGGGGUGAGAAAUUGGACCCUCUUGUCAAACAAGCCUUUGCCUCAUCUGUCAAAAGCAGUGUGUAUGUGACCGAUAAUCCUAACAUUGCCUGUCUGUACAUAGUGCUUGUUGGUGAAAUACAAGAAUCACCUUCCUCUCCUCCUGCCUUGCCCUUAGACCUUGAAAAGCAGCUAAAGGCCUUGCCGUAUUGGAGGUUGGACGGCCACAACCACCUGCUUGUGCACCUUUCAAGAAAGUCUCUGACACAGAACUUCCUAUACAAUGUGAGCACAGGACGAGCAGCAGUGGCACAGUCUACCUUUUUUGAACGUCAAUAUAGAGAAGAUUUUGACAUGGUGGUGUCUCCUCUAGUCCAUGCUCUGUCUGAGCCAAACUUUCUAGAGGUGCCUCCGCAAGUCCCAGUCAAGAGGAAGUACCUCUUCACCUUUCAGGGAGAAAAGGUGGAGUCUUUGAGGAGCAGCUUGCUUGAAGCCCCACCACAGUCCUUUGAAGAGGAAAUGGAAGGGGAUCCACCAGCUGACUAUGAUGAUCGCAUUAUUGGCACUCUUAAGGCUGUACAGGACAGUCACCUAGACCAAGUUCUUGUGGAGUUCACUUGCAAAAAUCAGCCCAAGCCGAGUUUACCAACAGAGUGGGCAUUGUGUGGGGAGCGUGAGGAUCGUUUAGAAGUACUGAAGGUCUCUACAUUUGCCUUGGUGAUAUCUCCAGGCGAUGGCCAAUUGGUGGCCUCUGCUGGCUGUAGCAUGAGACUUUUUGAGGCUUUGGAAGUUGGGGCGAUACCGGUGGUGCUUGGCGAUCACUCAAAGCUGCCCUACCAUCACCUUAUACGCUGGAAUGAGGCAGUCAUUAUGGUACCCAAGCCUCGCAUAACGGAGCUGCACUUUCUGUUGCGUAGCAUCUCAGAUAAUGACCUUCUGGCCAUGCGACGGCAGGGUCGGUUUCUUUGGGAGACAUACUUCUCCACCUCAGAGAGCAUCUUUAGCACCAUCCUGGCUAGCGUACGAACCAGCAUCCAGAUACCAGCAGCACCUAUACGUGAGGAGCCUGCCCAGGAGAUUCCCCACAAAGCUGGAAAGUUGGCAGGAACUGAUGCCAACAUGGCUGAUAAUGGUGACUUAGAUCUUGGGCCUGUUGAAGUAGAGCCACCUUAUGCUUCGCCACGCUUCUUGCGUAACUUCACCUACACAGCUGCUGAUGUUUACCGCACUUGGAAUCGUGCGCCUGGCCCUUUCCAUCUAUUCCCACAUACUCCCCUGGACCCCGUACUUCCUUCAGAAGCCAAGUUUCUUGGAUCAGGGACUGGUUUCCGCCCUAUUGGCGGAGGUUCUGGGGGAUCUGGUAAAGAGUUUCAGGCUGCUCUAGGAGGUAACGUCCCACGGGAGCAGUUUACUGUGGUCAUGCUUACUUAUGAAAGGGAGGAGGUUCUUAUGAACUCGUUGGAGAGACUGAAUGGCCUUCCUUAUCUCAACAAAGUGGUGGUAGUAUGGAAUUCCCCCAAACCACCUUCAGAUGAUCUCCUCUGGCCAGACAUCGGUCUACCAAUUGUGGUGGUACGCACAGAAAAGAACAGCUUAAACAAUCGCUUCCUUCCCUGGGAUGCAGUCGAGACUGAGGCUAUUUUGUCUAUUGAUGAUGAUGCCCAUCUUCGACACGAUGAAAUUAUGUUUGGGUUCAGGGUGUGGCGGGAGGCCAGAGACCGAAUUGUGGGAUUCCCGGGAAGGUUCCAUGCCUGGGAUGUAAAUCACCAAUCUUGGCUCUACAAUUCCAACUACUCCUGUGAGCUCUCCAUGGUGCUGACGGGUGCGGCCUUCUUCCACAAGUAUUACGCGUACCUCUAUUCGUACGUCAUGCCUCAAGCCAUACGCGACAUGGUGGACGAGUACAUCAACUGUGAGGAUAUCGCCAUGAACUUCCUUGUGUCUCAUAUCACUCGCAAACCCCCUAUCAAGGUGACGUCGCGGUGGACCUUCCGCUGUCCCGGCUGUCCGCAGGCUCUUUCGCACGACGAUUCGCACUUCCAUGAGCGUCACAAGUGCAUCAACUUCUUUGUAAAAGUCUACGGAUACAUGCCGCUGUUAUACACUCAGUUCAGAGUGGACUCCGUACUCUUUAAGACGCGGUUGCCCCACGACAAGACGAAGUGUUUUAAAUUCAUUUAGAGGAUCUGAGGACGGAAAAGCACAGACUCAAGACGGUCUCUCUCUGGGAACGUGAAGGGAAUUAAAGCUUCUUGUAAAUAUCAGAGGAUUUCACUUUGAACCCGCCUUCCUUGAAGUCGAGGGAGAACGAUUAGAGUUUUUAACGUUGUGCGUGAUUCAUCAGCAACCACUACAGGCUUUAUUUGCACCACUUUUCACGGGAAGUCUGGGACAGGGACGCGUCAAUGGACGUCGAGUUACACGUUAUGGACCGCCGUAGGAUGUUUUUGAUGACGUAUCUGAGAAUUACGGGAGAGUCGAAAUGACGACAUGUCUAAAAUGAUUCGUGUAUUUUCUUUGCAUAUACCUGUUUGAAACGCACUGAUGGUCAUGUUGUUGUUUCGUUUGUUCGUUUAACUCGUGUGUGCUUUUCGUGUGCGUGUGAAUGGCUGUGUGUGUCGUUCCGUAGGUUGAUGCUGACUAAGCAUCAUUAACCCCCGUCAAAUAUUUGUUGAUCAUCAGUAAGAAUAGCACAAGAUAACUGCUUAGGAAUAGCACCAAAUCAAGCUGUUACACGUUCUCAUGCCUGCAAUCAUACGAGAAAACAAAAGGUCUGUAUGUAACCUGUUCCGUACACUUGUGGAAUAACGGAUCCAUCUUAACGCCUGGAAAAUCGUGACUGGCUCAUGUGUUGCGUGUCAUUUUAAUGAUGUUCAAUGAUUUCACGAGCGAAAAUCCAGGUCAUGUUUAAUCAUAUAUUUUUUUUUAUAAAGAAAAACCUUUUUUUGUUCAGCGUUUGGCUGUUUUUUGAAUUACAGCAACCGAUUUCUCAUUUUGGCAAAUAUUUCCCUUUUUAAAAAUGACAAGUCAUUUUUAUGAGUUCUCACUACUAUAACCCAAAAAACCUCAGUAAUGCGCCUCAUUUUUCGGGUUCACGUCAUGUUAAAUGCAAUGCAGCAAAUAUUACUAUGAAAUAUUCAAAUGUAUAUGUUUUAAAUAUUUUAUUUUUUCUAAAUGCCAAUGAUGGUAAGUUUAUUUGAUUACGUUAGGGAGAUUAUUACAAAAAAAAAAAUGCUUUAUUGUCAUGAAAAUGUCAAUCUGGUCCCAAAGUAAUUAGUCAAUUAAUACAUUUUUUCUUAAUGCAUAUUAUUUUUUAUUUUGUUUUGGUUUUGUGGUGAAAUGUGACCUGGACGUGUUCUUGACUGCGUCAUGUGUGAAUGUGUUUGUGUGUCGUCUGUGAAAUGCGUGGAUUCGAAUGGCAAGCAUGGUUUCAGGUUGUGAGGAAGAUAGCGGUGUAGUUCCUCUUUGCUCUGUAAACGGUACGUGUCUCUUUUCUGUGCCGGGAUGUUACCUGAGGCUCCUUCUGCUGAGCUGAUUUCACCCUUCAUUUGGAAAAUCUGAGAUGCCUUUGAGAACGCUGAGCUUGACAGUUUAAUGUUUAAUUCAUGACAGCUGUCUUGACAUGUUUGACAGGUACAUUUAGGAAAAUGGCUCUGAAAUUGUAAAUUUAAUGAGUUUUAUUUUUUAAAAACACAAAAAUGUGGCUUUGUUCCCCUUAGAAUAGAAAUAUGAAUUUUUUUUUUUUUUUUUUUUUUUUUGUUUGGUAACAUGCCCAUGUUUGUAUUGUGUAUAAAUCUAUUGAACAGGCUUUAAUGUUUUAUUAUUUUUUUAAUUAUGGUGAAAGCCGUAUGGCCUUUGGGAUCGGACAAAAACUGACGAUAUAAACUAUUGGUAGUAAAGUGUUGAAUGCCAGCAAACAUUAUAACUGACAACUUCUUCAACCACACUAAUAAACCAGCCAGUGUCAUCAUCUCUUUCCUCGUGGUGAAGAUCUCAAUCAAUUGCUUUGAAAUGAAUGAUUUGUGUCGUUGAUUCAUCGUAUGAAAUUUUGCUAUAGGUUUAAUUGUGUUUGUGUUCACUGAGGAACGAGGUAAAAUGAGAAAUUGUAAAAUGGUUAACCAGUAGUUUAACUAUAAGAAAGAAAUCCUUGAAAUAAAAUGUUAACUAAAAUAA